AUGUCACCCUCUGCUGUACAAUCAUCAAAACCUCAAGAACAGUCAAGUGAAAUUGACAAGUUGAAAGCAAAAAUGUCUCAGUCUGCUUCUGCCGCCCAGCAAAAAAAAGAGCACGAGUACGAACACUUGACCUCGGUCAAGAUCGUGCCACAACGGCCUAUUUCGGACAGACUGCAGCCCGAGAUUGCUACCCACUAUUCUCCCCACUUGGACGGGUUACAGGAUUAUCAGCGCCUGCACAAGGAGUCCAUUGAGGACCCCGCUAAGUUCUUCGGUUCUAAAGCGACCCAAUUUUUAAACUGGUCCAAGCCAUUCGAUAAGGUGUUCAUCCCGGACCCUGAAACGGGCAGGCCCUCCUUUCAGAAUAAUGCGUGGUUCCUUAAUGGUCAAUUAAAUGCCUGUUACAACUGUGUUGACAGACAUGCUUUGAAGACUCCCAACAAGAAGGCCAUUAUUUUCGAAGGUGACGAGCCUGGCCAAGGCUAUUCUAUAACUUACAAGGAACUGCUUGAAGAAGUUUGUCAGGUGGCACAAGUGCUGACUUACUCUAUGGGUGUUCGCAAGGGUGAUACCGUUGCCGUGUACAUGCCUAUGGUUCCUGAGGCGAUCAUAACCUUGUUAGCCAUUUCACGUAUUGGUGCCAUUCAUUCUGUAGUCUUUGCCGGAUUUUCUUCCAACUCCUUGAGAGAUCGUAUCAACGAUGGGGACUCUAAGGUUGUUAUCACGACAGAUGAAUCCAACAGAGGCGGUAAAGUCAUUGAGACUAAAAGGAUUGUCGAUGACGCGCUUAGAGAAACCCCAGGCGUGAGACACGUCUUGGUUUAUAGAAAGACCAACAAUCCAUCUGUUGCUUUCCAUGCCCCAAGAGAUUUGGAUUGGGCAACAGAGAAGAAGAAAUACAAGACUUAUUAUCCAUGCACUCCUGUUGAUUCCGAGGAUCCGUUAUUCUUGUUGUAUACAUCUGGGUCUACUGGUGCCCCCAAAGGUGUUCAACAUUCUACCGCAGGUUACUUGUUAGGAGCUUUACUAACCAUGCGCUACACUUUUGAUACACAUCAAGAAGACGUUUUCUUCACCGCUGGAGAUAUUGGUUGGAUUACAGGCCACACUUAUGUAGUUUAUGGUCCCUUGCUGUAUGGUUGUGCCACUUUGGUAUUUGAAGGGACUCCUGCGUACCCCAAUUACUCCCGUUACUGGGACAUUAUCGAUAAACAUAAAGUCACCCAAUUCUACGUUGCCCCAACUGCUUUGCGUUUGUUGAAAAGAGCUGGUGAUUCCUAUAUUGAAAAUCAUUCCCUAAAGACUUUGCGUUGCUUAGGUUCUGUCGGUGAGCCAAUUGCCGCUGAAGUUUGGGAGUGGUACUCUGAAAAAAUAGGUAAGAAUGAAAUCCCCAUUGUAGACACCUACUGGCAAACGGAAUCUGGUUCGCAUCUGGUCACCCCACUGGCUGGUGGUGUUACACCAAUGAAACCAGGUUCUGCCUCGUUCCCCUUUUUUGGUAUUGAUGCAGUUGUUCUUGAUCCUAACACUGGUGAAGAAGUUAACACUAGCCACGCAGAGGGUGUCCUUGCCGUCAAAGCCGCAUGGCCAUCGUUUGCGAGAACCAUUUGGAAGAACCACGAUAGGUAUUUGGACACUUAUUUGAACCCUUAUCCUGGCUACUACUUCACUGGUGAUGGUGCUGCAAAGGAUAAGGAUGGCUAUAUCUGGAUUUUGGGUCGUGUAGACGAUGUGGUAAAUGUCUCCGGUCAUCGUCUGUCUACUGCAGAGAUUGAGGCUGCCAUCAUUGAAGAUUCAAUUGUGGCAGAAUGUGCUGUUGUGGGAUUCAAUGACGACUUGACUGGCCAAGCAGUUGCUGCAUUUGUGGUGUUGAAAAAUAAAUCUAGUUGGUCCACCGCAACUGAUGAUGAGUUACAAGAUAUCAAGAAGCAUUUGGUCUUUACUGUUAGGAAAGACAUCGGUCCAUUUGCCGCUCCCAAAUUGAUCAUUUUAGUAGAUGACUUGCCCAAGACAAGAUCUGGUAAAAUCAUGAGACGUAUCUUAAGAAAAAUCCUAGCAGGAGAAAGUGACCAAUUAGGCGACGUUUCUACUUUGUCAAACCCUGGCAUUGUUAGACAUUUGAUUGAUUCGGUCAAGUUGUAA